AUGACCUCCGCCUGGUUUAUAGUUCUGUUAUUAACCUAUUCGUCUAAUGCUGUUGUAAGGAUUCGACGUCAAGCUGCAUUAGCCGUGAACCAGCAAGACAUUCCUAUCACGCUUAGGUCGCUGAUAACGUGUCUCACGCCAGGAAUUCGUGAAAAUCUCUGUUUUGGACCAAGAGUGGAGGUGCUGAAGAGCGAAAAACUAGGAUUGACGGAGCGUAGAGGAGCAGCGUAUGGAUACGUAAAUGGAGUCGAUAUUGGACUCCUCAAGCCACACAAUAUUCCGAUGAUCGAGGAUGAAACGGAGAUUGGACAUCACAUCGGCGCUGUUGUAGAUGUGACGGAUCGUGAUGGGGCUAUAGAGUUCGGAGAUAGACUAAAAGCCUUCAAAGCCUUUCGCCUGAACAAUGGAGGAAUAACUGAAUGGGAUAGCCAGGGAGCUGGUACAGAUAUCGGCUCUAGAGCGUCUGCAGCAGAUGACCUGGUGAGGCUGAGAUGGACUUUAUUUGGAGUCAAUGUUGGGCCAACUGCUAGUCGAACCCUCGUUGGACCAGGACCGUCUACGCUUGGAAGAGCAAAAGGAGCGGGCGAGUAUAAAUUUACGCUGACUUUGCUCACUCUUUUAGCAAAUUUCUCAAAGGUUCUACGCGAAUUGUUCCAGCUAUCGCUCGUUUCCCCUUAUUUUAACAAACGAAGUUUUACAGCAUUAAAAACCUACACCCCGUUUCCAUCAUUCUAUCGUGGAUAUCAUACCCAAGGCGACUGGUAUAGAAAUCAAUUCUACAAACAAGUGUUGCCUCGGAACAAAGUCUGGUUAACUCCUAUUCAAAGAGUGAUGAGUACAAAACGCCUGCUCAAAGAGCAUGUCCUUGGUGUUUUGCAGUUGACAGCAGCUACCCAGUGCAACGACUAUUUCCGUAAUUCACAUACGUUAUACCAUUAG